AUGGAUCGAAAACCGAGCGUUGUCCCCUUCCUCUUGAUUGCAUUCACCUUCUUCCUUUCCCUCACUCCAUCCCUCCCGGCCCCACUCCCCAAAUCUCAAACCCUAAUCCUCAAUCGCCUCCCUUCCCCUCCCCAAUCCCUCUCCUGGACCGACGCCAAUGACGAAUCCCAGCCUCUAGCUUCAAUUGCCACCGGAGAUCUACAAUCUCCAGACUCCGCCGCUGCCGCCGCCUCCAUUUUCACCGUGCAGCUCCACCAUAUCGAUGCUCUGUCCUCCAACAGAACUCCACAGGAGCUCUUCCACUCCAGGCUCCUCCGCGAUGCUUCCCGCGUCGACACCAUCCAAUCCGCCGUCACCGCCGCUGCCGGAGGACGCGGCGGAGCUGGAGCUGGAGCUGGAUUCAGCAGCUCGGUAAUUUCCGGACUCGCGCAGGGGAGCGGCGAGUACUUCACGCGCCUCGGCGUCGGGACUCCGCCGAGGAAUGUGUACAUGGUCUUGGAUACAGGAAGCGACGUCGUUUGGCUGCAGUGCGCGCCGUGCAAGAAGUGCUACUCCCAGGCGGAUCCGGUUUUCGACCCGAGGAGAUCCAGCUCCUACUCCCGGAUCCCCUGCGACGCGCCGCUCUGCCGCCGGCUGGACUCUCCGGGCUGCAAUUCGAGGAACCAGACCUGUUUGUAUCAGGUCUCCUACGGAGACGGCUCGUUUACCUACGGCGAUUUCUCCACCGAGACGCUCACGUUCCGCCGGACGCGCGUGCCGCGCGUGGCGGUGGGGUGCGGCCACGACAACGAGGGGCUUUUCGUCGGUGCGGCGGGUUUGAUGGGGCUGGGGAGAGGGAAACUGUCUUUCCCCUCGCAGACGGGCCGGCGGUUCAACCGGAAGUUCUCGUACUGCUUGGUGGACCGCUCGGCUUCUUCGAAGCCGUCGUCGAUGGUGUUCGGGGACCGGGCGGUUUCCCGGACCGCCCGGUUCACCCCGCUGGUCUCGAACCCGAGCCUCGACACGUUUUACUACGUGGAGCUGCUCGGGAUCAGCGUGGGCGGGACGCGUGUCCCCGGGAUCCGGGCCGAGCUUUUCAAGCUCGACCCGGCCGGGAACGGUGGGGUGAUCGUCGAUUCGGGCACCUCGGUCACGAGGCUGACCCGACCUGCUUACGUGUCGCUCCGCGACGCGUUUCGGGUCGGCGCCGCUACGCUGAAGCGGGCGCCGGACUUCUCCCUGUUCGACACGUGCUUCGAUCUUUCGGGGAAGACGGAGGUGAAGGUGCCCACGGUGGUGCUGCACUUCCGAGGCGCCGAUGUGUCGCUGCCGGCGGCGAAUUACCUCGUCCCGGUGGACACCGCCGGCACGUUUUGCUUCGCUUUCGCGGGGACGAUGGGCGGGUUGUCGAUCAUCGGGAAUAUUCAGCAGCAAGGGUUCCGGGUGGUGUUCGAUUUGGCCGGGUCGCGGAUCGGGUUCGCUCCACGUGGGUGUGUGUGA